AGCCGCAAAGCCUCAAAAGCUGAUUGAAGACGCAGCUUUGCGGCACAUUCGGUCAUGGGAGUGGAGGAGGAGCUCCCCGACUUUGACGAGGAGGACACAAAGAACGACGAGACCAAGGAUGCCGAGGCCAAGAAGGGGCAAGCGGCACUGCAUGCCUCCGGGUUCAAGGACUUCCUCCUGAAGCCAGAGCUCAUCCGCGCCAUCGUGGACUGCGGCUUUGAGCACCCUUCGGAGGUGCAGCACGAGUGCAUUCCGCAGGCAAUUCUGGGGACGGACGUGCUGUGCCAGGCCAAGUCCGGCAUGGGCAAGACCGCGGUGUUCGUGCUCGCGUGCCUCCAACAGGUGGAAGCUAGUGAAAAGGCCGUGAGGACGCUGGUCAUUUGCCACACCCGAGAGCUGGCGUACCAGAUCAAGCACGAGUUCGAGCGCUUCGCCAAAUACUUCCCGGAGAUCAAAACUGCUGUAGUCUAUGGAGGGACGCCCAUGUCCAAGGACAAAGACAUGCUGAAGGAUUCGUGUCCCCACAUCCUUAUCGGCACGCCCGGCCGAGUUUUGGCGCUGGUUCGCGAGAAGGACUUGAAGCUGGACAAGAUUCAGCAGUUCGUCCUUGACGAAUGCGACAAGUGCCUGGACAAGGUGGACAUGCGAAAGGACGUCCAGCAGAUUUUCAUGGAAACUCCCAAGAAGAAGCAGGUGAUGAUGUUCAGCGCCACCAUGACUGCAGAGACCAGGGCGCUGUGCAAGAAGUUCAUGCAGGAUCCGCAUGAGAUUCGAGUAGACGAAGAGUCCAAGCUCACUCUGCACGGCCUCUUGCAGUACUACGUGAAGCUGACCGAGAAGGAGAAGAAUCGGAAACUGAACGACUUGCUGGAUGCGCUGGAGUUUAACCAGGUGGUGAUCUUUGUGAAGUCCGUGCAGCGCGCGAUUGCCUUGGACAAGCUUCUCGUAGAGUGCAACUUCCCCUCCAUUGCCAUCCAUUCGGGCCUGCAGCAGGAAGAUCGGAUCGCACGGUAUAAGCAGUUCAAGGAGUUCCAGAAGCGGAUCAUGGUUUCUACAGACCUCUUUGGACGAGGCAUUGACAUCGAGAGGGUGAACAUUGUCAUCAAUUAUGACAUGCCAGAUGAGAGCGACUCCUACCUACAUCGUGUGGGCAGGGCUGGCCGUUUCGGCACGAAGG